CUGCAAUUGCUGUUGUUCAAGAAUCAGACUCUCCUGAGAAACAUAAAGAAAUUGUAUCUAAACAAAAAGACGAUGGCAGCAUUGAACUUGAUGAUUCAAUAUGUAAGGAAUUGCAUGCUCCUAAAGAAGAAAUUAUUGAUACAAUUAAAGGGAAAAUUACUAAUCCAAAACUCAAGUUACCCGAGUUUUCAUCAAGCCUUGCAACCGCUAUUGACCUUUCAUAUCUAAAAAAUGCAGCGGAUAAAUACAAAGGUGAUUGGGUAGAUAAAUACAAUAAAGCUCGUGACUAUCUUUCUAAGCAAAUUGGUGAUGCCGAUGCCGAAAAAGAAUUAUUGGAUUGUGCCGAUGAAUAUGUAAUCGAUAAAACUACAAAUAAAGUAAUUGAAGAAAAGAAAAUGGAUGUUAUUGAUCUUAAGAAAGAUGAAAUACCGAAGGAAGAAAACCCUAAAGCUAAAGCUAAAAGUUUUUUCGGCUCUCUUUAUGAAGGAGCUGUUAAGCUUGAUGAUCAAAUUGAAAAAGCCCUUGGGUUUAGUAAAGAUAAAGAACUUGAUGAUCAUGAGAAAGCUGAAGCACUCAUAGUCGUCGAGGAAUCAGCCUCACGUGAAAAAUGCAAUGAAAUCGUCACGGAUCAAAAAGAUGAUGGUUGUAUUGAAUUAAGCGACACAAUUUGUAAUGAAUUGGAUACACCUAAGGAAGAAAUUAUUACAACAAUUAAACCAAAGCUUACAAAUAAGAUUCACUUACCCAAACUUCCAUCAAUUCUUUCAACUGCUACUAACCUUUCAUACCUUAAGAAAACUGCACCUCAACAUGAAGGUGAAUGGAAAGAUAAAUAUGAUAAGGCCCGUAAAUAUAUAUCAGACCAAAUAGGAGAUGCAAAUGUCGAGAAAGAACUUUUAGAAUGCACGGACGAUUAUGUAGUUGAUAAUUGUAUUAAGAAAGUAAUUAAAGAUAAAAAGAGAAAUGCGGUCGCUACGGUGCAAGAAUCUGCCACACCAGAAAAAUGCGAUGAUGUAGUGUCUAACCAAAAUAAUGAUGGAUCUUUUGAAGUUAACGAAACAAUUUGUAAAGAUAUAGACGUACCAGUUACCAAUGUAGUAACUGAAGUGAAAAAAUGUACACAAAAUCCAAAACUAAGAUCUCCAAAAUCAGAACCAUGGUGGAAAACAGGACUCACUACUAGCUACCUUAACAUCGCUGCACCACAUCAUAAAAAACAAUGGGAGGAUAAACAUGAUAAAGCUCGUAAAUACCUUUCUGAUCAAAUUGGAGAUGCUGAUGCUGAAAAAGAAUUGUUAGAUUGCACCGAUAAAUAUCUCGUUGAUAACAUUACUAAAAAAGUUGAAAAAGAUCAUAAGAAAAAGGCUGCAAUUGCUGUCAUUCAAGAAUCAGCUUCUCGUGAGAAGCAUAAAGAAAUUGUAUCUAAACAAAAAGACGAUGGCAGCAUUGAAAUUAAUGAUUCUAUAUGUAAGGAAUUACAUGCUCCUAAAGAAGAAAUUAUUGAUACAAUUAAAGAGAACAUUACUAAUCCAAAACUCAAGUUACCCGAGUCUUCGUCAAGUCUUGCAACUGCUGUUAACCUUUCAUAUCUAAAAAAUGCAGCGGAUAAAUAUAAAGGUGAUUGGGUAGAUAAAUAUAAUAAAGCUCGUGACUAUCUCUCUAAGCAAAUUGGUGAUGCUGAUGCUGAAAAAGAGUUAUUGGAUUGUGCCGAUGAAUAUGUAAUCGAUAAAACUACAAAUAAAGUAAUUGAAGAAAAGAAAAUGGAUGUUAUUGAUCUUAAGAAAGAUGAAAUACCGAAGGAAGAAAACCCUAAAGCUAAAGCUAGAAGUUUUUUCGGUUCUCUUUAUGAUGGAGCUGUUAAACUUGAUGAUCAAAUUGAAAAAGCCCUUGGAUUUAAUAAAGAUAAAGAACUUGAUGAUCAUGAGAAAGCUGAAGCACUCAUAGUCGUUGAGCAAUCAGCCUCACGUGAAAAAUGCAAAGAAGUCGUCGCGGAUCAAAAAGUUGAUGGCUGUAUUGAAUUAAGCGACACAGUUUGUGAUGAAUUGGGUACAUCUAAGGAAGAAAAUAUUACAACAAUUCAACCAAAGCUUACAAAUAAGUUACAGUUACCCAAUCUUCCAUCAAUUCUUUCAACUGCUACUAACAUUUCAUACCUUAAGAAAACUGCACCUCAACAUGAAGGUGUAUGGAAAGAUAAAUAUGAUAAAGCACGUAAAUAUCUAUCAGACCAAAUAGGAGAUACAAAUGUCGAGAAAGAACUUUUAGAAUGUACGGACGAUUAUGUAGUUGAUAAUUGUAUUAAGAAGGUGAUUAAAGAUAAGAAGAGAAAUGCAGUCUCUACGGUGCAAGAAUCUGCCACACCAGAAAAAUGUAAUGACAUAGUGUCUAACCAAAAUAAUGACGGAUCUUUUGAAGUUAGCGAAACAAUUUGUAAAGAAAUAGACGUUCCAGCUACCGAUGUAGUAACUGAGGUAAAAGAAUGCACACAAAAUCCAAAACUUAAAUCUCCAGAAUCAGAACCAUGGUGGAAGACAGCACUCACUACUAGCUACCUUAACAUCGCCGCACCACAUCAUAAAAAACAAUGGGAAGAUAAACAUGAUAAAGCUCGUAAAUACCUUUCUGAUCAAAUUGGAGAUGCUGAUGCUGAAAAAGAAUUGUUAGAUUGCACUGAUAAAUAUCUCGUUGAUAACAUUACUAAAAAAGUUGAAAAAGACCAUAAGAAAAAGGCUGCAAUUGCUGUCAUUCAAGAAUCAGCUUCUCGUGAGAAACAUAAAGAAAUUGUAUCUAAACAAAAAGACGAUGGCAGCAUUGAAAUUGAUGAUUCAAUAUGUAUGGAAUUGCUUGUUCCUAAAGAAGACAUUAUUAACACAAUUAAAAAGAAAAUUACUAAUCCAAAACUCAAGUUACCCGAGCAUUCGUCAAGUCUUGCAACUGCUGUUAACCUUUCAUAUCUAAAAAAUGCAGCGGAUAAAUAUAAAGGUGAUUGGGUAGAUAAAUAUAAUAAAGCUCGUGACUAUCUCUCUAAGCAAAUUGGUGAUGCCCAUGCUGAAAAAGAAUUAUUGGAUUGCGCCGAUGAGUAUGUAAUCGACAAAACUACAGAUAAAUUGAUUGAGGAAAAGAAAAAGUAUGUAAUUGAUCUUAAGAAAGAUGAAAUACUGAAAAAAGAAACCCCUAAAGCUAAAAGUUUUUUCCGCUCUCUUUAUGAAAGAGCUGUUAAACUUGUUGAUCAAAUUGAAAAAGCCCUUGGGUUUAAUAAAGAUAAACUUGAUGAUCAUGAGAAAGCUGAAGCACUCAUAAUCGUUGAGGAAUCUGCUUCACCUGAGAAAUGCAAAAAAAUCGUCGCAGAUCAAAAAGAUGAUGGUUGUAUUGAAUUAAGCGACAUAGUUUGUGAUGAAUUGGAUACACCUAAGGAAGAAAUUAUUACAACAAUUCAACCAAAGCUUACAAAUAAGAAGCUUCAAUUACCCAAUCUUCCAUCAAUUAUUGCAACUGCUAUUAACCUUUCAUACCUUAUGAAAGCUGCACCUAAAUAUGAAGGUGUAUGGAAAGAUAAACAUGAUAAAUCCCGUAAAUAUCUCUCAGACCAAAUAGGAGAUGAAGAUGCUGAAAAAGAACUUUUAGAAUGCACUGACGAUUAUGUAGUUGAUAGUUGUAUUAGGAGGGUAAUUAAAGAUAAAAAGAGAAAUGCAGUCGCUGCGGUACAAGAGUCUACCACACCUGAGAAAUGUAAUGAUGUAGUGUCUAAGCAAAAUAAUGAUGGAUCUUUUGAAGUUAGCGAAACGAUUUGUAAAGAAAUAGACGUUCCAGUUACUAACGUGGUAAAUGAAGUGAAAAAAUGUACACAAAAUCCAAAACUUAGAACUACAAAAUCAGAACAAUGGUGGAAGACAGCACUCGCUACUAGCUACCUUAACAUUGCCGCACCACAUCAUAAAGAACAAUGGAAAGAUAAACAUGAUAAAGCUCGUAAAUACCUUUCAGAUCAGAUCGAUGAACCCGUUACUGAAACAGAAUUAUUAGAUUGCACUGAUAAAUAUCUCGUUGAUAACAUUACCAAAAAGGUUGAAAAAGAUCAUAAGAAAGAAGCAGCAAUUGCUGUUAUUCAAGAAUCAGCUUCUCCAGAUAAACAUGAAGAAAUUGUAUCUAAACAAAAAGACGAUGGCAGCAUUGAACUUGAUAAUUCAAUAUGUAAGGAAUUGCAUGCUACUAAAGAAGAAAUAAUUGACACAAUUAGAGAGAAGAUUACUAAUCCAAAACUCAAAUUGCACGAGCUUUCGUCAAGUCUUGCAACUGCUGUUAACCUUUCAUAUCUAAAAAAUGUAGCUCCUAAAUAUAAAACCGAUUGGAUAGAUGAAUAUAAUAAAGCUCGUGAUUAUCUUUCUAAGCAAAUUGGUGAUCUCAAUGCUGAAAAAGAAUUAUUGGAUUAUGCCGAUGAGUAUGUAAUCGAUAAAAUUACAGAUAAAGUGAUUGAAGAAAGGAAAAAGUAUGUAAUUGAUCUUAAGAAAGAUGAAAUACCGAAAGAAGAAAACCCUAAAGCUAAAAGUUUUUUCAGCUCUCUUUAUGAAAGAGCUGUUAAACUUGUUGAUCAAAUUGAAAAAGUACUUGGGCUUAAAGAUAAACUUGAUGAUCAUGAGAAAGCUGAAGCACUCAUAAUCGUUGAGGAAUCUGCCUCACCUGAGAAAUGCAAAGAAAUCGUCGCGGAUCAAAAAGAAGAUGGUUGUAUUGAAUUAAGCGACACAGUUUGUGAUGAAUUGGAUUUACCUAAGGAAGAAAUUAUUACAACAAUUCAACCAAAGCUUACAAACAAGAAGCUUCAAUUACCCAAUCUUUCAUCAAUUCUUGCAACUGCAAUUAACCUUUCAUACCUUAAGAAAGCUGCAUCUCAACAUGAAGGUGAAUGGAAAGAUAAAUAUAAUAAAGCCCGUAAAUAUCUAUCAGACCAAAUAGAAGAUACAAAUGCCGAGAAAGAACUUUUAGAAUGCACGGACGAUUAUGUAGUUGAUAAUUGUAUUAAGAAGGUAAUUAAAGAUAAGAAGAGAAAUGCCGUCGUUAUGGUGCAAGAAUCUAUCACACCAGAAAAAUGCGAUGAAAUAAUGUCUAACCAAAAUAAUGACGGAUCUUUCGAAGUUAGCGAAACAAUUUGUAAAGACAUAGACGUUCCAGUUGUCAACGUGGUGAACGAAGUGAAAAAAUGUACACAAAAUCCAAAACUUAAAUCUCCAGAAACAGAACCAUGGUGGAAGACAGCACUCACUACUAGCUAUCUUAACAUCGCCGCACCAAAUCAUAAAAAACGAUGGAAAGACAAACAUGAUAAGGCUCGUAAAUACCUUUCUGAUCAGAUUGGUGAACCCGCUACUGAAACAGAAUUAUUAGAUUGCACUGAUAAAUAUCUCGUUGAUAACAUUACUAAAAAGGUUGAAAACGAUCAUAAGAAAGAAGCAGCAAUUGCUGUUAUUCAAGAAUCAGCUUCUGAUAAACAUGAAGAAAUUGUAUCUAAACAAAAAGACGAUGGCAGCAUUGAACUUGAUGAUUCAAUAUGUAAGGAAUUGCAUGCUACUAAAGAAGAAAUCAUUGACACAAUUAGAGAGAAGAUUACUAAUCCAAAACUCAAAUUACCCGAGCUUUCGCCAAGUUUUGCAACUGCUGUUAAUCUUUCAUAUCUAAAAAAUGCAGCUGCUAAAUAUAAAGCUGUUUGGAUUGAUAAAUAUAAUAAAGCUUGUGACUAUCUUUCUAAACAAAUUGGUGAUGUCAAUGCUGAAAAAGAAUUAUUGGAUUAUGCAGAUGAGUAUGUAAUCGAUAAAAUUAUAAAUAAAGUGAUUGAGGAAAAGAAAAAUUUUUUCGGCUCUCUAUAUGAAGGAGCUGUUAAACUUGUUGAUAAAAUUGAAAAAGUCCUUGGGUUUAAUAAAGAUAAACUUGAUGAUCAUGAGAAAGCUGAAGCACUCAUAAUCGUUGAGGAAUCUGCUUCACCUGAAAAAUGCAAAGAAAUCGUCGCGGAUCAAAAAGAUGAUGGUUGUAUUGAAUUAAGCGACACAGUUUGUGAUGAGUUGGAUACACCUAAGGAAGAAAUUAUUACAACAAUUCAACCAAAGCUUACAAAUAAGAAGCUCCAAUUACCCAACCUUUCAUCAAUUCUUGCAACUGCAAUUAACCUUUCAUACCUUAUGAAAGCUGCAUCUCAACAUGAAGGUGAAUGGAAAGAUAAAUAUGAUAAAGCCCGUAAAUAUCUAUCAGACCAAUUAGGAGAUACAAAUGUCGAGAAAGAACUUUUAGAAUGCACGGACGAUUAUGUGAUUAAUAAUUGUAUUAAGAAGGUGAUUAAAGAUAAGAAGAGAGAUGCUGUCGCUACGGUGCAAGAAUCUACCACACCAGAAAAAUGCGAUGACAUAGUGUCUAACCAAAAUGAUGACGGAUCUUUUGAAGUUAGCGAAAAAAUUUGUAUAGAAAUAGACGUUCCAGUUACCAAAGUAGUAAGUGAAGUAAAAAAAGGUACACAAAAUCCAAAACUUAGAUCUCCAAAAUCAGAACCAUGGUGGCAGACAGCGCUCGCUAUUAGCUACCUCAAUAUCGCCGCACCACAUCAUAAAAAACAAUGGGAAGAUAAACAUGAUAAAGCUCGUAAAUACCUUUCUGACCAGAUUGGUGAACCUGCUACUGAAAAAGAAUUACUAGAUUGCACUGAUAAAUAUCUCGUUGAUAACAUUACUAAAAAAGUUGAAAAAGACCAUAAGAAAAAGGCUGCAAUUGCUGUUAUUCAAGAAUCGGUUUCUCCAGAUAAACAUAAAGGAAUUGUAUCUAAACAAAAAGACGAUGGCAGCAUUGAAAUUGAUGAUUCAAUAUGUAAGGAAUUGCAUGCUCCUAAAGAAGAAAUUAUUGAAACAAUUAGAGAGAAGAUUACUAAUCCGAAACUCAAAUUACUCGAGUUUUCAUCAAGUCUUGCAACCGCUAUUAACCUUUCAUAUCUUACAAAUGUUGCGUCUAAAUACAAAGGUGAAUGGAUAGACAAAUAUAAUAAAGCUUGUGACUAUCUUUCGAAACAAAUUGGAGAUGUUGAUGCAGAGAAAGAAUUAUUGGAUUGUACUGAUGAGUAUGUAGUUGAUAAAGUUACGAAUAAAGUGAUUGAGGAACAAAAAAAGAAAGUAAUCGCCAUGAAGAAAGAUGAAAUUACAUUAUUAAAGAGAAGAUUAGAUGAAAGAGAAUUUGAGGAAAAGGAUCUUAAAGAAAAAGAACAUGGGAAAGAAAAAGAAUUUGAAGUAAAAAAUCUUGAAGUAAAGAAGGAAUCUGAAAAACAAAAGGCUAUAGAAAUUCAAAAACUUGAAAAUGACACUAAUGAGUCGGUUAUUAAGUCUGAUGGAGCUCCUACGUUCAAUGAAAAGAACAAAACCAAUAAUUUGAAGACAAUUGAUCAAAACGUUUAUGCGGAAGAUUUAGAGUUAAGAUUCGAAAAUACUAGAUCUACCAAAUUAGAUUUUAGCUACUAUAAUCUUGAUGCUGAAAUAGAAAAGGCUUUGAUAAAGGCUUUAAGAACAAAUAAAUCUAUUGUCUGCUUAAGUUUAAGUUAUAAUCGUCUUGAAAUGGGAGAAGAUCUUGUAAAUUCCUUAAGAACAAACAAUACUCUCAUUAGCUUAAGCUUAAAAUCAACUCGUCUUGAGACUAAAGUAAUGAAGAAGUUGUUAAUGAUUUUAAAAACCAAUAAAAGUAUUACUGAUUUGGAUUUAAGCGAUCAAAAAAGUGAUUUGGAUUCAAGCAAUCCUUGUAUAAAUGGUGAAGAUUUAGUGGAAACUUUGGAGCAAAAUACGACUCUUGUCAGUUUAAACCUGAGUAACAAUUCUAUUGAUUGGUCCGAAAUAAAAUCGACAACUUUAAAUAAAAACGAAACUCUUAAAAAUUUGGAUUUGAGUAAUUGUAAUAUUGAUUUUAAAAUAAUAGAAUUGGAAAAUUUUUUGAUAAAAUUAAAGAGUCUUGAAAAAUUGAAUCUAAGUUCAAAUAAUCUAACAUUUCGAUCAGAAAAAGCCAUAGCAAAAAUCUUGACAGAAAAUAAAUCCCUUAAAACUUUAAACUUGAGUUCAAAUAAGAUUAAUUUGUUAAUAGAGUUGGAGGACAAGCAAAAUUAUGACGCAUUCUGCUCUUUUAAACUAACCGAAUUUGAGAACGCAUUGAAUAAAAGUCAAGCACUCAAAAAUCUGGAUCUAAGUUUCAAUUAUCUUCAUCUUGAAGCCGGGAGAAGUUUAUUAAGAGCUUUAAGGAUUAAUAAAUCUAUUACUGAUUUGAACUUGAGCGACAAUCAUAUUGUUUCUGAAAUAGGAAAUUCUUUAUUAGAAAUUAAAUCUAUUGUUAGAAUAAAUUUAAAAUCAACAAAGAUCAGUUCUGAUGUGAUAAAAGCCUUUGCGGACGCAUUAAGAAUUAAUAAAAUCAAACUCCGUAGUUUAAAUUUGAGUAAUAAUGAAAUUAGUAAAGAUGUGAUAAGACUUUUAAUAGGAGCAUUAGAAGAAAAUGUAUCUCUUGAAGAAUUGGAUUUGAGUCACAUUAUAGAAGUAGGGAAAUUGGGAGAAGAACUGAAAAAUUCGUUGGAAAAAAAUCGAACGCUCAAAAUCUUAAAUUUAAGCCAUUGUUGUCUUCGUGCUAAUACAAUAAAAGCUUUGGAAAAUACUUUGCUAAAAAACAUUACUAUCUCAAAUUUAGAUCUAAGUUAUAAUAAUAUUUCAAUAACAUCCUUAUUUAAAGCUUUAGAAAGAAAUAACACACUCACAAAAUUAAAUAUAAGUCAUAAAGAUCUCGAUUUCGAAGAAGGAAAAGCUCUGGCAAGUGCUUUAAAAAUCAAUAAUACGCUCACCCACUUAUAUCUAAGUGAAACAAUAAAUGAUUCUGAAACAGGCAAAGUUUUUGUUGAAGCAUUAGGGAAGAAUAAAAAGCUUGCCGAAUUAGAUUUAAGUAACAAUUGCUUUAAUCUUGAAGUAGCAAUAGCUUUGACCAAAGCUUUAGAAAUUAAUGAAUCUCUUCGAAAUAUUGAUCUAAGAAAUAACAAACGAGAAACAAAAAAUGAACUAAAAAAAUGGGCAAAAUAUAAAAAUUUUAGUCUAAAUGUUAAUAUUAAAUUGUAA